ACGUUUGGUUUGGAGGAGGAGUUGAGUCCGUUAAAAGUCGUAUUAAAACGGCGUUGUGCAGUUUCGACUCGAGCCUUCCUGGAAUGACGAACAUUUAAAAUUUACUUCUCACACGUGUAUGUGAUAUUUUGUUUGGUCGGCCAGUGAGACGUUGAGAAUUUGGCGAAGAAAGUUCUAGUUUCACCUGUGGUGCAAGAGGAGCACGCGUCACAGUGCUGUUAAAGUCAAAAUGAGGUACCUGGUCUUGCUGGUUCUGUAUGCUCUGGUGACCCUGUGCUGCCAUACAAGUGCACUGUCCCAAACACCUUCUUACGGCGAACGGGGAUCAGAUCUUGGUAUUCAGGUGUUUCAGCAAGUCGUCCGCUCCAAGCCCCUGGAAAAUGUGGUCCUUUCACCCCAUGGAGUGGCCUCUGUCCUUGGCAUGCUGUUACCAGGAUGUCAUGGGGAAACCCGCAAGCAAGUCCUCAGUUCUCUCCGAUACAAGAAAAAUGGACCUUACAGAAUGUUAAAAAAAUUGCACAAGACCUUGACCGCUAAGUCCAACCAGGAUGUUGUUCUCAUUGCCAAUGGCGUCUUCAGCCAAGAGGGCUUCCCCAUGCAGAAGAGCUUUGUCGACGCCAACAAGGCAAACUUCCAGGCUGAGAGCAGGAGCAUGGAUUUCAGUGACCCCCAACGGGCAGCAGAUAAGAUCAAUACCUGGGUCAGCAACAAAACCAGAGGUCACAUCACAAGCCUGAUCAAAGCAGAUAUGCUGGAUUCUGCCCUGGCCCGCUUGGUCAUUAUUAACUCAAUCUACUUCAAAGGCUUAUGGAAGUCCCGCUUCCAGCCUGAAAACACCAAGCUGAGGCCCUUCACUGGGGGCGAUGGCAAUGUAUUUAAAGUUCCUAUGAUGUCCCAGCUAUCAGUCUUCAACAUAGGCAUGGCCACCACUUCUCACGGGGUUAAAUAUAAGGUGAUCGAGCUGCCCUAUCACGGUAACACAAUCAGCAUGCUGAUUGUUCUACCUACCGAAGAGGAUGCACCUCUGUCCCACGUCAUCCCACAUAUUAACACCGCCACAGUGCAGAGUUGGCGCAAACUGAUGCACAUGCGGAAAGUGCACCUACUCCUCCCCAGGUUUGCUGCUGAUGUUGAGGUAGAUUUAAAGGACCCCCUGUCAGCGCUGGGUAUAACAGAUAUGUUCAGUCAGGACAAAGCUGACUUUAAGCACCUGAGCUCAGAGCCUGUGUAUGUCUCCAAGGCCCUCCAGAAAGCCAAAAUUGUGGUAAAUGAAGAUGGAACAAAGGCAGCAGCUGCCACUGCUGCAAUUUUGAUGGCUCGUUCCUCUCCUCCUUGGGUUUCAGUGGACAGACCUUUCCUCUUCCUCAUUCGGCAUAACACAUCUGGUACACUCCUCUUUAUGGGCCAAAUCAACCAGCCCUGAAGCAGAUGUCCACUGUGCACCCCCCUCUAGUGGUAUCGUGGAUGCACAGGAAUUGCUUGUUUGCUUGCAUGAACAGACAAGCAUGAAACUGCUGUAGAUGUUUUAUUGCCUUUAUUUUAGUAAUAUUCAGAAAUGCAUAUGCCUUUACUUUUGUCUGCUUUUUUUCUUAUUUUUUUACAAAUUGAAUUUGUUUUUAAUAGACUUUGAAUGUCAUUUUUGUAUUUUAUUAACUCUGUUUACUAAAUGUUUACUAAUCAUUUGUAUUGUUUUUUUUUCCCAUUUCAAUUAUCACUCCAGUUGUUCUUAAGUUAUGGCGAUGCAUGUCCAAUCUUGAGGUCUUGCACACAACUGUUUUAAUAAGAUUUUCCUUCAUGGAGGAAGGUUUCUUUUGUAAUUCUUGCAUCAUUUGAGAGCAAUAAAUACUCAAACUCAGCUAACUGAUUAUCUUUUUAAUUUGACACAUUUUUGACAGUUAACCUGCUGGGAAAGUGGGAGUCAUCCUUUUGUAUGUGACUGUUAGACAUGUUCAGUUUUAAUUCCUUAAUUCGUAUUAUUAUUUUACAUAUUGUAAUCUCCAGACAAGUUCCAAAUUGUGGAUCAGCGGUCUUAUCCUACUUGCCAUAUUAGCCACCUGGUGUCAAUCAUGUUGGAUUUCUUUGUAGAUGUUUGUUUUGGUGGUCUGUUUCGACCUGGCAAUGUGCUUGAUUGCAUUCUUUGAUGCCAGGCAUGGCUACACCAGUCCCUUGUUAACUCCCUCUGUGAAAUAAAAACCUGGAUGUCAUCAAACGUUAUAAAACUGGGUAGCAACAAGACUGAGAUCAUGGUUGUGGCCUACCACAGCACUGCUCCAGAAGGUUGGAGAUCAUCUCGACAUUGACUGCUGUUCCAUCUCUCCAUUGUCUGAAGUAUGGAACCUUGAUGUCGUCAUGGACUCCACUCAUCACCAAAUCUGCCUUUUUCCACCAAAAUGGCGCCAGCCUUCACUCUCGCAAUGCAGCGAUCGUCAUGCCUUUUGUCACAUCUCGCCUGCACUACUGCAACACUCAUCUUUGCUAUGUGUAACAAAAGGAAUUAUUAAAGCCUAGAAUGCUUUGGUA